UCGCGGGGUGAGAGGGUACUUAUGGAGGGGAGUGAAGCCACCUUAACUGUGUAGCAGGGAGACCCUCUGUCCCAGACGUCUGCUGUUCUUACUGGUGUCUGUUGUUCAGCACAACCGGCCGCCAUGCCCACUGACGCCCAAAGCGAUGCCCGGUCCUUCCUGACUGAGGAGAUGAUUGCAGAGUUCAAGGCCGCCUUCGACAUGUUCGACACCGACGGUGGUGGUGACAUCAGCACCAAGGAGUUGGGCACCGUGAUGAGGAUGCUGGGCCAGAACCCAUCAAGGGAGGAGUUGGAUGCCAUCAUCGAGGAGGUCGAUGAGGAUGGCAGCGGCACCAUUGACUUCGAGGAGUUCUUGGUCAUGAUGGUGCAACAGUUAAAGGAGGACCAGGCUGGAAAGAGUGAAGAAGAGCUUUCAGAAUGCUUCCGUAUUUUUGACAAGAAUGGAGAUGGCUUCAUCGACCGCGAGGAGUUUGGAGAUAUCCUUCACAUGACUGGAGAAACCGUCGCAGAAGAAGAUAUUGACGAGAUGUUUGAUGAAUCAGACACAAACAAAGAUGGAAAGAUUAAUUUUGAUGAGUUUCUGAAGAUGAUGGAGAACGUACAGUAACGAGACUCUACAUUCCUUGGUGACCCUUCCUCAGAGAGAGCAUAAAGCAUGCUGUCUGCUGGAAACCAGCUCAGAGCAAAAUCUAGAUGCUGCCAAACCCUGUACAAUCAUGAAUGUGAUGUUGGUUCUGAGACAUCAAAAUGGAUACAAGUGAGACACCUUUAACCCCCCCGCCGCUGCCCCCCUUCCCCUUCUCAUGUGAAACCCUGGGGCUUGCUGAGGAUAUCUAUAAAUAUCUGUCCAAACCUUUUAAGACGAAGGCACUUUCCCCCGGCCUCCGCUUUAAGCUAGCCACCCAGCUGUCCCCUUGGCAGCUGCUGUUUCUCCAGAAAUGCUACACCACCGAGCCUUAACCCCACCCUCCUCCUCCAAAACUAAAUAUCUUCUCCACCCUGUUCUGUGCUUUCUAAAUAAAUCCACUGU